UAAUUUGUUUUUACUUUUUCCUAAUUUUUUGGUUUAUACCUUUCGUAAUCGCAGAGGCUCUAAACACACCACUAUCAGUUCACAUUCAUGAUACUGUUCUUGAAGACCGUGUUGGACUGAUAUGUGUGACUGUAUUUCUACACAUUUUGACUAUGAUGUUACAGUUUCAUGUCGUAGCCUUCAAGUUUGAGGAACUUUUUUCAAGGUCCAUUUUGAACACUGUCAGGACUGUGGAAUCACAGAGUCAUGUGAUGUUGUACAUUUUUGGGACAGUGGCUCUCGUUUGUGUGAAUUCUAUUGCACUGGCAGCGGAGCUAAUCCUAAAAGCACGAAAUGGUGAGCGUACAGUGGAAGAUCUGCGAGCCAUUGUCAUCCCCCCUGAAUGUGUCUUUGCUCUGUGCUGUCUUACUCUACAAAUAACUACAUUCUGCAGGAGAAACAGAGAAAUAUUUUUGGACGUCCUGAGUAUUUGUGGGUUUAAAAGGACAUCAGUGGACUCAGUGGAACGUGAUCAUGAACUUGAACCUCUUCAGCAUACAGAAGCUGUUCCUGCUCCUCAGUCCACAGAAGCUGUUCCUGCUCCUCAGUCCACAGAAGCUGUUCCUUCUCCUCAGUCCACAGAAGCUGUUCCUGCUCCUCAGUCCACAGAAGCUGUUCCUUCUCCUCAGUCCACAGAAGCUGUUCCUGCUCCUCAGUCCACAGAAGCUGUUCCUUCUCCUCAGUCCACAGAAGCUGCUUCUGCUUUACAUAAAUCAGAUUUUUAAGUGGUAUUGAGUGAUUAUCAUGCUCAACUACAAGAUGAUGGGGUAGAUGUGUGAGGGUUCUGAGAGAUCUAGUGGAGCCAUACAGGAAAGUGAAGGAUAGCAUGUGCUUCCUCUGAGGUAACAUGCUGUAACUGUACUACACACUUGGAGAAUGUUACAUUUUAAAUCUGUUACAUCAGCUAAACAGACGCUCAGGCUGACUGUCACUGCACGUAAAGGAAGAAGAGAAAUAUCCGUUUAAUCCACUCUGAGAGAAAAGCCUAUUUUUCAGUCUGGUACUUCACAACAGAUGUGAACAUGCUUGAUCAUGUAUUACACUGUGCUUAAUCUGCUGUGUAUAUUAUUAUAAGUCUGUAUAUUUAGGAAGUUUAUAUGUGCUUAUUUUUGUAUAUAUUAAGAUGUAUUGAUUUGUUUCUGGAUGCAGCCAGUGUGUAACCUGUGGUUGGAGUGCAAGCAUGCGUUUGCCUUCCAAAGUGUGCCACAGGAAUUGACGAGAAGGAUCAUUGGAGAAGAUCUGAUAAAAUUGUGACUUAUCUUUUUGUACUGCUGUUUUUUCUUUACUUUGCAGACUAG